AGUGUGCUGACAAAAACACAUGAUGAGGGCGCUUUUUCUUCUGCCCACAGCGUUUCUUCCCAUUUCCAGACGCAUCAAAAUCUCCAGCCCGCUAACAAAUUUGUCACAUUUUUCCUCUACUUCCACACGUCGUCUUCACAGAACAAACCCAAUUUUCUGUGCAAGAAUGGCCUCUGAAUCUACCUUCCCAGUUCUCACUCACACCAUUACCAUCCCCAGUCAGCUCAGUCAACCCGUCGCAAUCGUGGCUGCCGCCGGCGUCUCAGACUCUGAUUUCAGGCGUGAUUUUCUUUUUAUACUUUACAAACAGUGGUUGAAAAACAUACAGACAGAAGCAGGACUGCUAGCUAAUGGUGCCAUGUUCUUAAGACAAGUGCUCAUUCAGAGUGUAGAUAUGUUUGGCAGUCGUGUUGGAUUUCUCAAGUUCAAAGCAGAUGUAAUUGACAAGGAAACAGGGCAGAAGGUUCCAGGCAUUGUUUUUGCACGAGGGCCAGCUGUUGCGGUGUUAAUCCUGUUGGAUUCAGAUGGAGAGACCUAUGCUGUGCUAACUGAGCAGGUCAGGGUCCCCGUUGGGAAGCUUAUUUUAGAAUUACCUGCUGGAAUGUUGGAUGAUGACAAGGGUGAUAUAGUUGGAACAGCUGUUCGUGAGGUUGAGGAGGAGACUGGCUUGCAUUUAAAUCUGGAUGAUGUGGUUGAUCUUACUGCCUUUUUACAUCCCUCAACUGGACGCAGAGUUUUUCCUUCUCCGGGCGGAUGCGAUGAAGAUCUUGGUCUGUUUUUGUACAGAGGAAAAGUCGAUAGAGAGAUCAUCAGACAACUACAGGGCAAAGAAACAGGGCUUAGAGAUCACGGCGAACUAAUCAGGGUGCAUGUAGUUCCCUAUAAAGAUCUGUGGCGGACGACUGCGGAUGCCAAAGUACUGAUGGCCAUUGCUCUCUAUGAGAUGGCCAAGAAGGAUGGCCUUCUACCACCUCUCAAAGAUUGAGGCAUCUAGUGAUAUCAACAGGUCUAGUAAUCUCGAAUUAAAUUUCCUUUUGCUUUCAUGCUCCAUUAUCUAUUCCAUUUUAUAUAUACAUGCCAUGUGUAUAAAUACUGAGCUAGUAAUCUACCUCAGUUCCUCAAAACAUGUCCUCCGUUUAGAUUGAAAUCAUUUCCUUUUAUUUUUUUGUUUCUGUGUA